AUGACCGCAUGUAACAUUGCCCCAAGGCUGUUUCACCCCGACCUGUUCGGUGAAGGGCUUAGGAAUGCGUUAGUUGGCAAUCUGCAGACGCUAUCAGUUGUCCUGGCCCUGUUCCUGUCCUUGUUGUUUGCCAUGGCGACCAGUGGACCUCCUCUUCAUAGCGACGCCACAGCCAUCUUCCCUCAACUUUACUUCUGCUUCGUCUUCAACGGGAUCGGUAUCUCUUUCUACGGUCUUGCAUGCACAAUCAUCCCCUUGAUCUUCCUCCAAAUCCUUGACGAUGUCCAAACUGCAGAAUACCUGAGGCUCAAUGGUCUUGGAGCUGUUCUGACUUGUAUCACUGUUGUCAUCUGUAUCAACCUUGGAUUUGCGUUGAUCGUAUUCGGCAUAGCCUUGUUCGGCAAGCCCAUGGGGUUUGCAUGCGCCACAAACAUCGUAAUCCUAUUCAUCGGAAUUUACAACAAAAUCAGACGGCACGCAUCAUGGAAGGCUCCAGUAUCAGCAGAGAAAGCCAAGAGUAUUGCCAAGAGUAUCCAAGUGAAUGGCUACGAGCAGCGACAAUGUGAGGCCUCCAGUUUGGCUGCUGAUGAGUCGAAUCCAACAUACCCCUGUGUCUCGAUCAAAUCAGAAGCUGCGUACGUGAUAGAAUAG